AUGGUUCCCACCGUGACACCGUUGCUACGGUGUGAAGUGGGUGGGCGACUGCGGUGGUUACUGCCUUUGCUGGUCGUGCUGUAUCACCGAGCCGUCGGAGCAUCCGCCGCAGUCACCGACGGGGUUUCCUUCGGCAUGGACUUGCAGUUGCGGAGUUCGGCCGAUUCGGAUCCAUCCAGCAUGAUUGUGCAAUUACUCAACCCGACGAUUCUCUUCCUCGACGACAUCUUUACCGACGCAUUCCCUCAAACCUUUACGCAGGUCCGCUUCACCGUCAACGAGUACGACAUUGCCGCUGCUACCGGUGACAACGUCGACCGAUUCUAUCUCGGCGCCAUUCGACUCAAGGGAACGGCGUACUUUCGAGUGGACGACAAUGAGGAUGCGGUGGACGGUUUGCCUUCGACCGCGCGGGUCGGUGCGGUAGCCGCCCAAGCUUUUCAGGAAUACGAUGUGGAAUACCUCGAGACCUUGAUCGGAACCACGACGGAUCCGUUCCUCAACGGACUCACCUACACCAUUGUCAAGAUCAACGGCGGCGGAGCCGUCAAUCCGGAACAGCCCAGCUCGCUUCCCAGCAGCGACGAGCCGGCCCUGGAGACCUGGAUGAUUGUCCUCAUUGCCGGAACCGCCGUCUUGUGCGCCGUCCUCUGUAGUUGCAUCCUUUGGUUAUGUUGCUGUGUCUCGGACCUGGACGACACCCACGCGGAGCAGCGUUCUACCUACCCCGCCGUCACCAAGUCCGACAGCCGCGGGACCACCAAGACGACCGAGUCGCCGGAGGCCGACUCGUCCGCUCCCGGACGACCGCGAUCCCUCUCCCCCGUGCAUUCCAUUGCCAGUCAAGAUUCCUCCAUUUUCACCUACAACCCGCGUUCCACCACCCGCGCACGCUCCGUGGACAAGCAAGCCUUUGCGUCCUUCGCGUCGCAAACGACGGAUAUGGACAUGGAACAGUGGCAGCAAAAUUCCGUAUUGGGCGGUAGUUCUGCCGACACCAGUAUGGAUCGCAGCAACCACGAUUCCAGUUCCAGUCUGCCCUUUGGCAACGAUAUUUCUGCCAUUGAAAACAAGAAGGAUCUCUCCUUGAUUGCCGAAGGCACCGACGAGGAUUCCGCCACGCCGCUCAAGCCGGAAGAAUUGAUGCAGUUGCAAGCCCAGCAACUCGCGCUCGCCGCGCACAAUAACAACAACGCGCGGGAACAGUCUCGGUCCUAUCUCUCCCAAGCUGCGCUCGAAGACUUGGAACAGGGCCGCCGACAGCGACAACAACAGCAGCAACGCGAAUCAGACUCGAACCUUUCCAUACUUGCGCGACAGCCGCCACAGGAUGCCACUAAUCACGUCAUUCAGGAUCUCCACGAUUUGAGUUACGAGAUUGCCCAGAUACGGUCCGUCAAGUCCGCGGACAGUAGUCGAGGAAGAGGCCGCAGUCGCCGUCGUUCCUAA